GACGGAUGUGAUCGAGCUGAAAAAUCACCUGUAUUCUGGCAUUCAUGGUGACACAUCCAUGUGCUCAGAGCGGGUGGAGAUGCGUAAGAGACAGAUGCAGGUUCACCAGGAAGCAGCUGCCAGUGUCCUCCAAGUUCGCCACAGAAUGGGAAACACCCCCACCAACGCCUCAAACGCCUGCUGCUUCUGCUGGUGCUGCUGCUGUAGCUGCUCCUGUUUGACUGUUAGGAGUGAGGAUGAGACAAUUCAGAGAUCCACUUUUGAACGCAGGACAGAGGGAACAACUAACUGUGAAGAAGGCCCGAAGCCUACUCUGGAAGAAGCCCGCUCCUGGUCGGUGUCAUUCGAAAAGGUGAUGAAGAGUGCGGCAGGUCGCAGCUGCUUCAGGCAGUUCCUGCGGACGGAGUUCAGUGAGGAAAACAUGAUGUUCUGGCUCGCCUGUGAGGAACUCAAAAAGGAGACCAACAAGACUGUGGUGGAGGAGAAAGUCCGUCAAAUAUACGAGGACUUCAUCUCAAUCCUUUCCCCUAAAGAGGUUAGUUUGGAUUCUCGCGUUCGAGAUGUGAUAAACCGCAACAUGUUGGAGCCCACCUCGCACACAUUUGACGACGCUCAGCAGCAGAUCUACACUCUGAUGCAGAGAGAUUCGUACCCCCGCUUCAUAAACUCAGCAGCAUACACAGAUCUGCUGAAGAGCCUGGAGGAGCCUCCCCCUGAGCCAUAG